GGUGAGCCCACCUGCUGCCACCCCUGUGUUUUUAAAAGCAGAUACAAAGAAGUAAAGAUAUUUGCUGGAUGGUCAGCGUAAAAGGAAAAUAGCAACGGAGCUCACCAGUAACAACUGUUCUGAGUCUCCUUCCCCUUUGCUUUAUGCAGGUGAAGCCUCUGGGAAAGCCCUGUCACGGAGGAGCCCCAGGGGACCCCUGGCCGUCAGCCAUGGCUGUACCUAUCGCGGUUCUUGACUGCGACCUCUUGCUCUAUGGCCGUGGACACAGGACUUUGGAUCGCUUCAAGCUGGAGGAUGUCACAGACGAAUAUCUAGUAUCCACGUACGGCUUUCCCCGACAAUUUAUUUACUACCUGGUGGAUCUUCUGGGUGCCACUCUCUCACGCCCUACGCAGCGGUCCAGGGCCAUCAGUCCGGAGACACAAAUACUUGCUGCAUUGGGUUUCUAUACCUCUGGCUCCUUCCAGACUCGCAUGGGGGAUGCAAUUGGCAUUAGUCAAGCCUCCAUGAGCCGUUGUGUUGCCAAUGUAACUGAGGCAUUGGUGGAAAGAGCCUCACAGUUUAUUCACUUUCCUGAAGAUGAAGCUACUGUGCAGAGCCUAAAGGACGACUUUUAUGGGCUGGCAGGCAUGCCGGGAGUGCUCGGGGUGGUUGACUGCACCCAUGUGGCAAUCAAAGCACCAAAUGCUGAGGACCUGUCCUAUGUGAACCGAAAGGGUCUCCAUUCCCUGAACUGCCUGAUGGUGUGUGAUGCCAGAGGAGUCCUCCUCAGUGCAGAAACACACUGGCCAGGCAGCCUGCCCGACUGCACAGUGUUAGAGCAGGCAGCCCUCACAAGCCAGUUUGAAACUGAGCUACGUAAAGAUGGCUGGCUACUUGGUGACAGCUCCUUCUUACUGCGGACGUGGUUGAUGACCCCUCUGCAUAUUCCCGAGACACCUGCGGAAUACCGGUACAACAUGGCCCAUUCUGCCACUCACAACAUCAUCGAGCGGACGUUCAGAACCAUUCGGUCGCGUUUCCGCUGCCUGGAUGGCUCCAAAGGCACCCUGCAGUAUUCUCCAGAGAAAUCCAGCCACAUCAUUCUGGCCUGCUGUGUGCUUCACAACAUCUCCCUGGAACACGGGCUGGACGUGUGGUCUUCGCCAGCCACAGGACACAUGGAACAGCCGGAAGAAGAGUAUGAGCAAAUGGAAUCAGUGGACUCGGAAGCCUGUCGUAUUCGUCAGGAACUUUUACUUACUCAUUUUAGCUAAUGUUGUGACAGAGAAAAGGCUUCUUACAGUUCAUCUGGGAAGUUAUCCAGAGCAGAUAUGCCCCUUUGUCUUCUUUAAGUCAGUAAAGACCAAGCAGAUGUGAGACAAGGAGAAAUUUUACACUCUUCAUUUCAGGCGAAUUUCUGAACUUCUCUCAGUUUCGUCAGAGAUGCAAUUUAAUUGUUAAAGUUUUACUGUUGUGAUACUUAGAGGCUCCCCUUUUACCUGACUUAGAGAACAAUGACUAAUGUGACAUCAGUGAAGAAAUUUGGGAAGUUGCCUUUGAUAAUGAUGAAAAAUAUGUAAACCUUGCACUUUUUUACAAAGCAACAAUUCUAUGCUACUGUGUAACCCAAAACACUUAUGAUUGAUUUUUAAACAGCAUUUCACAC